GUAUAGCAAAAUAAUAAUAUCUGUAUUGGGAAUUUAAAACUGAUUCUCACUGCCUUUAGUCAUGUGGCAAGGACCACCGGAGGAAGACAAUAUCUAUGAAGGUGAAAUUCGAUACGAAAAUAACCAAGUCACCAUCGGAAAUGUGCCAAGACCUCCCCUCAGAGGCCCCCCAGGAGGACAAAUACAAAGAGAGGGCGAAUGCAGUAAUAAUCCACAGCAGCAAAACAAAUCUGCUUCGUCGAAUCGAGACGAACAACAUGAGGCAACUAUUUUAAAAUUUGGGAUUGUUGUUGUCGUCUUGUCUGUCCUUAUUAUCCUGCUGUUGGUAGGACUGUUCAUACAAAUUGUUCAACAUCAAGGGAAGACUACAACAGGCGGGAGUGGAAAUUCAGAUCAACAAUGUCACACAAACACAUCUGUAUCCAACGGUUUCACUGUUUCUUCCUUGGAGAAAACGCUGAAUCAACUUGUAGCCGACAGAAAAAGCGGUCCGGUGAAAUCCUGCCACGAAUUGAAGAAGUUGGGUUUCAAGGCCGAUGGUGUUUAUUACAUACAAACUGAUAAGGAUUAUCCUAAAACCGAGGUUUACUGUGACAUGACGUCUGAUGGCGGUGGAUGGACUUUAGUAGCAAGCGUGCAUGAAUCAGAUAUUUCCGUGAAAUGCGGAUCAGAUGAUAUGUGGUCACGAUAUGGUCUGAUAAAUGAAGUGGCAUACCCAGACAAGACCAACUGGGAAGGUCAUAAAAUUUUUGGAAAUAUUUUCAAAUGUACUUCAGAUGACUACAAAAAUGAUGCAUAUCAUAAUAUGCAGGUUGAAAACAUCAUGAUUUGGCACGUUCCUUCUAAAUUAUCGUUGACUACAAUGAAGCAAGAAGCCUACCUUCGUUAUAGAACAACCAAUAAGUUUAUGAAAAAUUACGGUGGAAACUUGAAGAAUCUAUACGAAAAGCAUUUCCCGUUGAAGAAAUUAGACAGUCCAGCUGAAGAUGUUCUUGAAGCUUUGGCAAAAAAGGCGGGAAAUAUUAGAAGACAAAUACCAGAUUGGUACGACUACACAUAUGGAGACAAUCCUACCCAAAUAAACGAUGAAAAAAUGUACUCGCCAUAUGGAAAUCAGGUAAGCGCCACUGGAUGUGGAACUAUAACUUACGGGCGGAUAGAAAAAAGAUCCGAGGGGUAUUUUUGUGGAUCCAGGAUGACAAAGCCUUUCUUGUUCGUACAAGUUAUUUCAAACGAAAUGCGGACAUAUACCUACAUUUACACUCAGGUGCAAUCUUACCGUCCAAACAGUAAUGAAGCAUUCACAUCUCUCAGCAACAACAUUACCAACGGAGAUUACAAACUUCAAUAUCAUUCUUUGCAAUUUUCUUCGCCCGGUAUUCCAACAGCAUGCGAAUUUCACUUCGUUGUAUCAAAUAUUAAUUGGGGAUCCGUCGAGCCAUCAAAAUUUGAACGAACAUAUCAACACAAUCCAUCAACUUAUAGAAAAAACAAAUAUCAAAUAGACGGAUACCCUUCAAAUGUCGUUAUGGGAUACAUUCUUUUAGCAAGGGAUAAUGGGCAAAACAUAUCUACAGAGCACACUGAUCAAGUUGCUAAUAUUAUCCUGGAAUCUAUAAUGACAGUUCCAAAACUAUUUAUCGGCGACAGGGCAUCAAAGAUUGUUAAUUCCCUCUACGCAAGAGCACCUCAAAUGAGAGUGGCAAUCCCGGAUUAUUAUUAUUAUUAUAGAGUCAGCUACAAUAGAAUAUACGACAUUAACAUGUACUCCGGUACUGGAAAUGAAGUAUACGUUGGAAGCUCACUUGAACAUAAUAGGUUGCAAUAUGGGGAAACUAGACGAAUGGAUAGAGACAGAUCACUGGUCAAAACCAAAACUUCUCAACCGUUUAUCAUGAUAAAUGUUAUCUCAAACGAAGAUAGAGUGAUCAAAUAUUACUACACACAAAUCAAUUCACGACGAAACAACGAUGAGGACAUAGUCAGUCAGUUGCAGAACAACGUUACCUACGGAAAUUAUAAACUACAGUAUAACUUGAUCCAAUUCUCUCACGAAAACCAACCGACUCCGGUUGAAUUUCAUUUCACCGUGUCUAACGUUGCAAGUAUACGGAAAAUUCCCUUCUGGUUCCAAUCACUAUUGACAAAGGAAGCAAUGAUCAAAUCAUGGAGAUGA